AUGCUCCGCCCCCUGUGCCGUGAUCUGGCAUGGGAGCUGCAGCUGCGCCUGCGCAGUAGGCUUGUGCGGAAGGAUUCUAGCGCAGCCAGACCACGGCUUGGGAAGGCUGUCGGUAGGUGCUCCUCGGCACCCACCUCAUCCAUCACCCGGGAGGUGCUGGGACUGCAUCCUGGCCAGCAGUCCAUGGCGCUAAUGGCUUCCGGCCUAUUAGAGGCGGAAGGAUUCCAGCCCGUGCACGGCAGCAGCAAAUUACUCAUCAACCCCAGUAGGCAGAGAUUCUGGGAACGCUCCUCGCAGUUCCCUGAGCGCUCAGGACAGGGCACAGUGGAAGGAGAAGUCUUCUUUCUGGGUCCUCUGACUGCUCUGUCCUGGGCCAGCCGCCUCCUCCUCCCUGGUCCUAAGGAGAUGACGCCUCACAGAGAGCUGCCCCAUGAGGAGACUUUCUCAUCUGCUCCUUGA